AUGGCUGUAGCAACUGCUUUCCUCCUCCUCCUCCUGCUGGUUACUCCGGCAGCUUACACUGUACAAUACACCGUCGGAGACAACAGUGGCUGGACCCUAGGUCCAAACUACACUACUUGGGUUCAAGGGAAAAUAUUCACUCUAGGCGAUACACUCUGUAAGUUGCUAUACACUCUCGUCCACCGGGUGGACGAAGUAACCCAAAGUGGCUACGAUCGUUGCAGCAGUGCAAAUGCUCUCCACAGUUACAGUGAUGGAAACACCAUCAUUACUCCGACCAGGACCGGGUCGAUGUAUUUUCUAUGCUCCGUAUCGGGGCAUUGCACUUCAGGCAUGAAGCUAGCCAUCAAUGUUGUUGCAGCCAAUGUCACUUCGUCACCUCCAUCUGGUUCGACAACUCCUUCAGGUACACCACCGAGGGGAUCCGCGUCAUCCCCACCGCUGCAUCACAGCGGAGCAGCACCUACGACCAUCUUGAUGCUUGGCUUUUCACUUGUGUUGGCGGGUGUUCUUGCAAUCAUGAGCUUGGCCUAGGGAAGAGGCAGUGCCAUCAUCACCAUUAUCAUUAAAUCUGUGCGAUGCUUUCCCCAUUUGAUGAACUGCAUGUGUACUUGAUUUAUUUUAUGGCCUACUAGAUAGUUUACCUUAAUUGUUUUGUUGUCGAAGCCCCUCUCAUUUCUUGCCACCGAGAUAGGCCAUAAUAUCA